AGAAUAGUAUUUUGUGCCAAAGUGGUUUGUGUCACUCUAUGCCACUACUAUCUCUGUAUUUUGAAAGCAAUACGGAAAAAUUGUCAUUAUUUAGAAUAUAAGAUUCAAGAUUGAAGCAAAAGAGUUAAUUCUAGAUGAACUGGUGAAGGUAGUAAUGGAUACUUCUGAUAGCGAGCACUUUGAAAGUGCAGAUGAAGAUCUUCAUUCUGAUAAUGAGAAUGAAAAACAGUCCAUUAAAUCUGUUUCUGAAUAUAAAUCUGUUGAUACGUUGAAAGUGGAGGUUGGCCUAAAAAAAUUGAAUUUGAAGGAAUAUUUAGAUGAUGAUCAUGAUGAAGAGAAGAAUAAAGUCCUAAGUCAAAUAAUACCAAAUGUUGACUCUGGUAUAGUCUGUGAUUGUGAACAAUCUAAAAUUACAAGUUGCAAAAAAAACAAUGACAAUCAAAAUGAUGAUGUAAAUGAAGAAAACAUUUUACCACAAAAUAUAGAGGAAGAAGAGGUUGCUAAGCCAGACACUGUUUCAACAAAAACCAAUAUUUCUGAGAAUAUAGCCCUUUGGAGUGAAGACAGACCGAAUGUCUUAACACUUGUUGAUAAUUUAGUAGAAGAAUUUGAUAAGAGAAAUAUAAGGUCAGAAUCUAAAGAGGUAUUAGUUGAUUCAUCAGAUGAAAACAUGUGGGACAACGAUGAUUGGGAACCUGUGUUAGAUACUGACAAUGGUGAAAUUAUUAAACUACAUGAAAAUACUGGAAGUCAGGAUGAUGAUGAGGAUAUGUGGGAAAAUGACAAAUGGGAGACUGUGGAGGAAGGAAGGGAAAAAUGUCAGCCUAACACCGAUAAAACCUCUAACCAAGAAAAUCAGAGCUGGGGCAGUUGGGGUAAUUGGGGGGUUUCCUCAAUACUCAACACAGCCUCUCAAAGCGUUUCCACUUUAACAAAUCAAGUGUCCCAAGGAUUUUCUACAGUUUUGGAAACUAGUAUGGGUAUCCCAGAUGCUGAAGAGCUUGCAAAAUUACACAAAGAGGAAGAAAGUUUGGAACUAAAAUCUGAAUCUGUGGAGCAGAAGUCCGGGUCAGUAGGACCGGAAACUUCUGGUCAAAAUUUUUCUACUUUUGGUUUCGGAAACUUGUCUAAUUUAGUUUCUGGAGUGUCUAAUUUAACCAAAUUUGUGGAACACACUGGAACGAAAGUUAUCACUGGAGGUUUGGACACCUUGGAAACUAUUGGUAAAAAAACAAUGGAAGUUCUGCAAGAAGGUGACCCAGGUUUAAAAAAUAAAAGAGCUUUCUUAAAGUUAGACAAAGAUAAGCCUGUCCUCUCACAGGUUCUGAGGGAAGCCAAAGAGAAGGCUGAACAGGAGAAUAAAGUUCUUCAACAAAAAAAUAUCGCCAAAAAACUGAACUAUGAAAGUUUAUUUGACGACUAUCAUGGCUUGGUGCACUUGGAAGCUCUCGAAAUGCUCUCAAAACAGUGUGACAUCAAGUUGCAAACUUUGAAGGACGGUUGUACAGGAAAUGAGUUAACAGAUAUAUUGGAGACUUUAGACCAAAUAAAAGAGUUGUGUGAGUUGCCAGAUGAAGAUGAUGAGGACCAACCAAGUUUAGGAGACAUAGAAGAAAGGAUAUGUUCUGCUGUGCAAGAAAUCGACAUAAAAAUUUCGUAUGACAAAUUAUUCUGUACUUGGAAGGAAACAGAAGGCUGGUUGAAUAAUUUGAAAUUAAAUUUUUGUGAUGAAACAGAAAUACACCAAGAGGCUUUACAGUCUUUGGCACGAUUAACAGCUCUGGCUGUUGAACAGUUUCAUAAAGCAGGGGAAUUGUUGUUGAUUAAGGAACAUCGCAGUACAGCAGAUGAGGCAGACAGUCUAGUACAAAUAACUGUAGCACUGACUUCUGUUAUUGGAGUUGUAGCAGGAAAAUUUUCUGAUAAAUUGAAUGAGAAGGCAGCAGGACAUGAAAACGUAGCAAACAUCAAUGAAUUGAUUACCAAUGUGUUUUUUGAGGCCGCUAAUAGUACCUCUUACAUACAAGAUGCCUUUCAGCUUUUGGUACCAGUACUGCAAGUAGGUGCAGUUUAAAGGAUAUAUGUGAUAACUUUAGAUGUAACUAUAUAAAGUAAUAUUUCUGAAUAAAAUGAAACUAUGGAGGAAGUAUAAACUAAAAUUAGAAACAGCUUUUGUAGAUCAACAAUUUUUUCACAUUUUUACCAACUAGUUGUAUGUAGUAUGGAAUCAGUUCUUUAUAUAUUUUAUUUAUUGGUUUAUAUACAUAAAUAUUUGUAAGCAUUCUGAUAUUAAAGAAGGAUGAUGGUUUUCA